AUGUCCGCGAAAAUAGCGGGUUAUUGCGCGAUGGCAUUCUCCAGCAUUGCGCUGGUUAUGGUCACUCUGUUCGUGCCAACCUUGUGGAAUAAGAUCAACCAUAUCACGACUGAUCUACAUAGGGAUAUGAUUGAGUUCCGUCAUCUUCAAAAUGGUGUAUGGACAAACAUGAAAGGCGAGAGAGCGGUUGCUGGUGUGAUUGCUAGAACAAAAAGGCAGAGUUAUAACUGCAACUGCAACAUGAACAACAACUGUCCGGCUGGCCCGCCGGGACCACCGGGGAUGCCAGGUCUUGAUGGAGCACCAGGCAGUCCUGGCCCCCGUGGUGCUCCUGGAAUGACCGGCAACAUGCCAUCGAUUGUGAUGGACCAUGCCGCACACUGCCGCAUGUGCCCCAACGGACCACCAGGCUUCCCGGGACCACAAGGACAACCUGGCCCACCAGGACUUGAAGGAGCAUCCGGCACAGACGGAAUGCCUGGCCCAGAUGGUCAUCCUGGAAUGCCUGGCAAUCCGGGAAUGCCUGGGGAAGUAGGAGCACCAGGAAAGCCUGGAACACAGGGAGAUAAAGGAAGAGAUGGAGCCACCAUGGGCAAAGGUCUCCCAGGAGAACCAGGAGAACGUGGUCCGCUUGGGCCACCUGGUUUCCCCGGACCUGAUGGAAAUCAGGGCAAUGCCGGAGUGCCGGGAAUGAUGGGACCACCGGGACCUGUGGGCGAAGUGGGACCAGAAGGUCCUCCCGGCUUCGAUGGCGGCGCUGGGCCAUUGGGAGCACCUGGAGAGGAUGCCAGCUACUGUCAUUGCCCGACAAGAUCGAAGACAGCAAAGACCUAA